GACCCACCACACGGGGGGAGGGGACGAGGUGCAGCCCCGGUCCACAUCGCCCCCUCCCCCCGGCCCCGCCCCCGGCCACGGGGCUGGGCCAGCGCGGGCGGCUCCCGUCCCCCUCGGCCGUGUCCCAGGACGCCGCCGCGGUGCUGGGCCUGGUGGAGACGGUGGACGUGGUCCUGAGCCACAUCGCCUCCUGCCUGCAGGCGCCCCACCCCCGGGUGGCCAUCGCCGGCUCCUCCUCCGUGGCAGAGUUCUCGGUGGCCAAGCUCCUGCCCGGGACCCUGAACUCCUCCAGCUACCGCUUCCCGGCCCAGGGCCCCAGCUACAUCGAGGUCCCAAAGGAGGCCUUCCGCGGCCACGCCUGGACCACGAUCGUGGGGCUGCUCUACCACACCAUGCACCGCUUCCUGGGCCCCAUCCGGCCGGAGCGCACCCGGAUCCCCGAGGCGGCCGCCUACCCCGGCUGCCCGCUGUCGGCCGCCAGCUACCUCAUCUCCCUGGAGGUGGUGCCGCCGCCCGCGCUGGCCCACAACCUGUCCGGCUCCCCGCUGACCACCGUCCGGCUGCAGCACCAGCUGACCAGCCGGCAGCAGCGCGAGGCGGCCAAUGAGACCAACCGCGUGUUCCUGUACUGCGCCUUCCUGGACUUCAGCUCCGGGGAGGGCGUCUGGUCCAGCGCGGGCUGCGUCCUGGCAGAGGGGGACCUGGGCUACUCCGUCUGCCGCUGCUCGCACCUCACCAACUUCGCCAUCCUCAUGCAGGUGGUGCCGCUGCAGCUCACGCGCGGACACCAGGUGGCGCUCUCGUCCAUCACGUACAUCGGCUGCUCCCUGUCGGUGCUCUGCCUGGCGGGCACGCUGGCCACCUUCGCCAUGCUCUCCUCGGUCAGCACCAUCCGGAACCAGCGCUACCACAUCCAUGCCAACCUGUCCUUCGCCGUCCUGGUGGCCCAGGUGCUGCUGCUCGUCAGCUUCCACUGCCAGCCGGGCACGAUGCCCUGCCGGGCGCUGGCCGUGCUGCUGCACUUCUUCUUCCUGAGCGCCUUCGCCUGGAUGCUGGUGGAGGGGCUGCACCUAUACAGCAUGGUCAUCCGGGUCUUCGGCUCCGAGGACAGCAAGCACCGCUACUACUACGGCAUCGGCUGGGGGUCCCCGCUGCUGAUCUGCGUCGUCUCCAUCUCCUGUGCCCUGGACAGUUACGGGACCACCAACAACUGCUGGCUGUCCCUGCACAGCGGAGCCAUCUGGGCCUUUGUGGCCCCCGCCCUGCUGGUCAUCCUGGUGAACGUGGGCAUCCUCGUCGCCGUCACCAGGGUCAUCUCCCAGAUCAGUGCCGACAACUACCAGGUCCACAGGGACCCCAGCGCCUUCAGGCUGACGGCGAAGGCGGUGGCCGUGCUGCUGCCCAUCCUGGGCACCUCCUGGGUCUUCGGGGUGCUGGCCGUCAACAACCAGGCGGUGGCCUUCCAGUACGCCUUCGCCGUCCUCAACUCCCUGCAGGGCUUCUUCAUCUUCCUCUUCCACUGCCUCCUGAACUCCGAGGUGAGAGCCGCCUUCAAGCACAAGACCAAGGUCUGGUCCCUGUCGAGCAGCUCCGGCCGCAUCGCCCCCCCGAAGCCCUUCAGCUCCGACGUGACGAACGGGACCCGGCCGGGCACGGCCUCCUCCAAGCUCAGCCCCUGGGACAGGAGCAGCCAGUCCGCCCCCCGCGCCGACCUGCCCCCCGCGUGAGCCCAGCCCGAGCCCCGGGCCCUCAGACAGCGCCCUGACAGCACGAGACCCCGCCCCGCCGGGACCCCCUCCCGCCGUCCGGC